AACACCAACUUGCUGACGACGUUGUUUCUGGGGGAUGGCAGACACGGGCGGAGAACCCGUUGAGAUCACGUCACUAAGAACUAACCUCGUGUUUAUUACAGGUACCGUAACUGCUGUCCAAGGAACUCUUCAGUGGUUUGCAAACCGCCUGGUGGAAAAGUCCUUUAUCGCUCAAUCAGAGGCUCAGGGAAUACUCGGUACAUAUGGAGUGCCGCCUGUUCGACAAGCAAGUCAGCUAAUGGACGCCGUGUUUGCAAGAAUACGUUUCUCAGAUGAAAGAAAUCGCCUAUUUCUCGAGUUUGUCAGUAUAUUUUCCCAUGAUGCAGUAUAUGGGGAUCUUGUGACGAAACUAAGGAGAGAAGUAAUGACUUCAAGUACUAGCAUCCCUUGCUCCUCAUCCCAGUCGGAGGUAGUGCAUGCUCACUUUUCUGACAGAGGCUCAAGUACCGGUGUUUAUCUUCAAAAAAUGCACCGACGGCAUGUUCCCUCUGAACGCCUGCAUAAAAGGAAAAGAGUAACAGAAAAACGGAAGAAAAAAGGACGGUUAAAAGUUAAGCAUUUGCCACUAUUGAGAGAUAUUCUGAAAUCCGUUGCACACAAAUUUUUUGUUUUCGGAAGCGAAGUCAAGGUUGAGCACGAUGUGCUGGCAGGUAUUUCUAAGGGUUACUAUACUUUUGAUGAGAAACUGUCCAGAGUGCUUGAAUAUCGCUUGCAGCAGGCUCCAAUGUUGACAUGGCAUGAUAUAGUGAGAGCCCUCAGAUCUCCUUCUGUUAAUGAACAGGACCUAGCUAGUCAGAUUGAGUCCCAGUACAUCCCUUGCUCUUCAUCUCAGCCAGUGAGUGACUUGUCUACUACCAUUGACCCUAGUAAUCUUUUGGUGGACAUGCAGCGUCAGCACUUCCUUCAACAAUGUCAUGUAAAUGCCCCUCCGCUCCUGUUUCCAAGGGUGCUUUACACUCCCUAGACCACCUAAGUAUUUCUCCUGUGGCAGAAAUGGCUUCAAAUUAUAGAGCACCUGGUACGCAGCAGUUAACGAUAAAUGAUUUGUCGAUGGUACAAGAUGCUCUCACACCAAUUGCACAUAAGUGCAUUUUAUUUGGGAGCAAGAUAAAUAUAGAGCACCAUGUUCUGGC